GACGUAUCAUCUAUUAUUGGAAGUUUCCCGUGUGUUGUAUCUCUCGUUAAACAUUUGUGCCUCAGAGAACAGAUUUCACGAUAACCACGAUACUUGCAGCAUGGCAAUAAUCUCCUGUUCCCUCUAUGUGCUGGGCCUGGUGAUGAUAGUCGGGGUUGCAGCUGAUAUAAAACUACAGACGGAGGAGACGGUGGCGCAGGGCGCGGCUUCCUACAUCAGAGCUUUGUGUGACUGUGGUGCAACAGAAACGAACCUGAUUGGGCCUGAUGGGAAAAUAGUAUUUACGUGUGCAAACAAAAGCCACUGCCUACGUAAUCGGGAUGGCUAUGUGAUGGACUGCAUGUCCAGCAAUGAGACAACUUUAGCCUUUGUCAUUCUAAACUUUCAAGCCAUCGAUGCUGGGACAUGGAGCCUGCGAUGUUGUCACAAUGAAACGAUGUCAACAAUAGAAACUGCACCAGGUGAGAGACAACCACCCCGUCAACAGCCACCCCGUCAACAGCCACCCCGUCAACAGCCACCCCGUCAACAGCCACCCCGUCCACAGCCACAGUUACACCCCAGUCAUCUAAGUCAUGUUCAGGACUUGCCAAGAGUACUGCCUACACACUUCAUAUGGCGUGUGUGGUUCUAGCACGGUGGUUCGUGUGCUAAGCCUCCCCAACAACCAGCCGAAUGCGGUGUAAUCUUCAACAACAUUAUCAUCAGUAACAACCGCCAUUAACGACGUCGUGCUAUCUCUUGUGUGUCCACACUGCAGACACAGGCUCUGACCGCGCAAAGCAGCACGUCGAUUGAGCUGUGCUGUUGAUUGGCCGACAUCUCAACACUCCGAGGACUUUUCGCAACGUGCCGAUAUACAUGAUCACAAUCUACCGGGUGCCAACUUCUUCAUGUGAACAUAGAUCUCAGAGACACCACGUGUUGUACAGUGGGUCUGCACGGUCACCUACCACCCACAGAACAUCUCGGGGGACAAACUGGGUCCCCCACCACCCACAGAACAUCUUGGGGGACAAACUGGGUCCCCCACCACCCUCAGAACAUCUCGGGAGACAAACUGGGUCCCCUACCACCCACAGAACAUCUCGGGAGACAAACUGGGUCCCCCACCACCCUCAGAACAUCUCGGGGGACAAACUGGGUCCCCUACCACCAUUCGGCAGACUGUCUCGGGAGACAAACUGGGUCCCCCACCACCCACAGAACAUCUCGGGAGACAAACUGGGUCCCCCACCACCCACAGAACAUCUCGGGAGACAAACUGGGUCCCCCACCACCAUACGGCAGACUGUCUCGGGGGACAAACUGGGUCCCCCACCACCAUACGGCAGACUGUCUCGGGGGACAAACUGGGUCCCCCACCACCAUACGGCAGACUGUCAAGAAGGCGACAGCGUAGAAUUGUCUGAAGCAACUGUUUACAUAUAUAACGUAUUCGACACGUCACUGAUAAAGACACGCAUCUUUUAUGUGUAUGUGGCCGAGUUGAUUUUAUUGCUAUUUUGUAAAUAUUUUAGUAAAGUCUUUUAAUUGUCUUGUUUCUGUUUUAGCCUGUUUCUGUCUCAAGCUAGAUUACUUGAGCAGUAUAAAAACAACAACAAUUAGACCAGCUCCAGUACUUACAUAACUACUUACAUAACACUAGCCACUUUCACCUAUACAGUCACCAACAGCACAAGCGUCUUGCUUUGUUUUCCUUCCCAGCUUCUGUAUUAUGUAAGUAAAAGGUUUCUUCUGUUUUCAGCUGACUUUGCUAAAUUAGUUGGUCACUUACACUUGAAGGAAUCAGUGGUUCUGUGGAUUGCAUUCAAAUCAGUGGAUGAUAUGUUUGUUGUGUUCAGGAUCUCUAUAAGAAUAUGGCAAUCGAUGUUACGAUGCCUGUGAUCUUCCAACGCUAACAUAGUUGCCAGCUCAUUGCCACACAGUGGUAAGUUAUGUGUAUAUUUUGUGUAUAUUGUGUUUAUAUUAUGUUUAUAUCAUGGCAAUUUGUAGAGGCGGUAUUUAUGUAACCGUCUUAAGUAUUUUUAGAUGUAAUUUGGCUUAAAACCACAAGGGUAAGUGUAACUACUGCUUAGCUUGUUUGAUACAUUAAUGUAAAAUAUCAAGUAUAAAUAAUGUUUAUAGUAUGCAUAGCAUAUUAAAUUGGAUGAGCCGUUUA